AUGGCACAAAUCAACAAUACCCCCUUCACCUUUACAGUCCGGAGACGUACACCAGUGUUGAUCCGUCCGGCAAAGCAUACCCCGCGAGAACUAAAGUUUCUAUCUGACAUUGAUGAUCAAUUUCGGUUUCAAAUAGAAGGUAUCAUGCUGUAUUCGAAUAAUCCAAAAAUGAGAAAUAAGAAUCCAGUGAGUGUGAUAAAGGAGGCUCUAGCUAAGGUUCUAGUCUUUUAUUAUCCGUUUGCUGGCAGGCUCAAGGAAGGUUCUGCCAAGAAGCUAAUGGUGGAUUGCACCGGUGAAGGUGUGUUGUUUAUUGAAGCGGAUGCGGAUGUGGCGUUGAAGCAAUUUGGAGAGGCACUUCACCCACCGUUUCCUUGUUUAGACCAGCUGCUUUACAAUGUUCCUGAAUCAUCUGGCAUUCUCAACUCCCCAUUGCUACUAAUUCAGGUGACACGACUUUUAUGUGGAGGUUUCAUCUUUGCUUUACGACUCAACCACACCAUGAGUGACGCAUUUGGAAUCGUUCAAUUUUUGAGAACAUUAGGUGAAAUGGCACGGGGUGCAUCAUCGCCAUCAACACUGCCCGUGUGGCAAAGGGAGUUUCUUAAUGCAAGGGAUCCACCACGUGUGACGUGUACCCAUCAUGAAUUUAAUGAAAUGAUAGACCCCAACAUUGAUUUAACCACCCGAAUGAAUGAUAUGAUUCUAAAAUCAUUUUUCUUUGGGCCGGUUGAGUUGUCAGCUUUACAUAGAUUUGUUCCAAGACACCUUAAAUCUUGCUCUACUUUUGAUGUGAUAACGGCUUGUCUAUGGCGUUGCCGUACCAUUUCUCUGCAGUUGAAUCCUAAAGACGAGACACGGAUUGUGUUUAUUGUCUCUGCUCGUAACAAGUUUAGUCCUCCCCUCCCAAUAGGGUAUGAUGGAAAUUGUUUUGCCUGUGCAGUUGCCAUUUCCACCGUCUUUGAUCUUUUAAACAAACCCUUUAGCCAUGCCCUAGAGAUUGUGAUGAAGGCAAAAUCCAGUGUCAAUGAAGAGUACAUGAGAUCUCUUGCUGACUUGAUUGUAAUCAAAGGACGACCUAGUGUCACGGUUUUUCAAAACUAUGUUGUCAAUGAUGUGACACAUGCUAGAUUUGAUGUUGUUGAUUUCGGGUGGGGGAAGCCGGCCUUUGGAGGGCCUGCAACAACAGGAUAUCUUGAUUCUAGUAUCUACUUUCCAUAUACAAACCCUAAGGGUGAGUCUGGAGUUGUGGUGCCCAUACAUCUGCCAAGUGUUGCGAUGGAAAAGUUUGCCACAGAGUUGAAUAACAUGUUUGCGCAAAAUAACCGCCAUCAAAUACUCCAAACAAACAAGUUUUCUCCUCCUUCCAAAUUAUAA